UUCUAUCUGGUCCUAUCAUCUGUCGAGUUUGAGAGAGAGAGAGAGGGUGAGGAGGCCGUAGAUGAAAGAGAGUAAGGGGAGGGCGGUGGUGGUCGGAGGGAGCAUAGCAGGAGUAUGCUCCGCGCACGCGCUGUUAUCGGCAGGGUGGGAAGUUAUGGUGCUGGAGAAAACCACCGCUCCUCCUACCGGAAGUCCAACGGGCGCCGGGCUAGGCCUCGAUCCGUUGGCUCGAAGAAUAAUCAAUUCAUGGCUUCCACAGCAACAAUCCGAUAAUCUUCUCAACAAUCAUACCUUACCACUCACAAUCGAUCAGAACCAAGCUACCGAUGUAGAGAAAAAAAUCAGUCGCGUGUUGACAAGAGAUGAGAGCUUCAAUUUCAGGGCUGCGUACUGGUCUGAUCUUCAUGGUCUCUUAUACAAGGCACUCCCUCGAGAUAUAUUCCUCUGGGGCCAUUUGUUUCUAUCAUUCCAUGUAUCUGAUGACAAAAAAUCUGUUAAAGUUCAAUGUAAACACCUUCAAACAGGAAAAAUGAUUGAGAUUGUUGGGGAUUUGCUAGUUGCAGCAGAUGGUUGUAUGUCUUCAAUUCGCCAGACAUUCCUUCCUGACCUCAAAUUGAGGUACUCUGGUUACUGUGCUUGGAGAGGGGUUUUGGAUCUUUCAGAUGAUGAAAAAUCAGAAAUUUUAGUUGACUUGAAAAAAGUUUACCCAGAUUUGGGGAAGUGCCUAUAUUUUGACUUGGGUAAUGGAACUCAUAGCGUGUUUUAUGAGCUUCUGAACAAAAGGAUCAACUGGAUUUGGUAUGUUAAUCAACCAGAGCCACAACUUAAGGGGAAUUCUGUAACUAUGAAAGUAAGCAACAACAUGAUCAAGAAAAUGCAAGAUGAAGCACAAAAAGUAUGGGUACCUGAACUCACAAGAAUCAUAAAAGAAACCAAACAACCAUUUUUAAACGUCAUAUACGAUUGCAACCCUUUAAAACAAAUCGUGUGGGGCCCAGUGGUGCUUAUUGGAGACGCAGCCCACCCAACAACACCACAUGGUUUGAGAAGCACAAACAUGUCUAUCUUAGAUGCAUCAGUUUUAGGUCAAUGUCUUAUGAAAUCAGGAGUUGAAAACUUAGUGGCUGGAUUACGAGAAUAUCAGUCGAUUAGGGUUCCAGUUACUUCAAAACAAGUCUUACAUUCACGAAGAUUGGGUCGGAUUAAACAGGGUCUGCUUUUGGAUAAUGGGAAGGCUUUUGAUCCGAAAAAUGCUACUUUAGAAGAAUUAGGUGUUCUUCAACAGAAAAAUAUGCCGGGGUUUGAUGAUGUGCCUUUGGGUUUGAGUACUACAAUUGAUGCAAGUAAAUAUAGCUCGAAGUUGUAGACGUGUUGUAAUUAAAUAGGUUGUUAGUUAUGAUCAUGUAUAGUUAGCAAUGUUGUAUAAUUCAUUUUGACCAUUAAUAUUUCACUAUACAUACAAAUAAGAGAAAAAGACAACCACAAAUUUCAAAACUA